AUGCACCCUCAGGUUCCUAGAGACACAUGCAACAAUGGUUUCAACUUGGCUUUGAUUCAUCCAUUUUACAGUGAAAUGGCAAGUUGCCCCCUUCUCUUUGUCUGGCUUUCUCAGUUUUACUGCAGAUCCCCCUGUUCCUCCUCCCCUUCCUUAGAAGCUGAAGUUCAAUUGCACUGUAGCACCAUCAUCCAUUCUCAAUCCCUCCUUUCUGUUUUGCUUACACUUAAGCCUUCACUAGUUAGUGUUUUUCUUGAAUUGUUCUGAUCUAAUCUUCUUUGCUCUCCUGAAUAGCUUGGGUGGGCUAUUCUUGGUCUUGAGCAAACAUACAAAAUCACACACUUGACUCCUUGUACUGGUUAAAAUGUGCUAGACUGAUCCAGCUUUAUCAGACAGACAGGAGAUAGUCUCUAGAAUAUAGUCAGGGUCACACUGGGAAGCAGAGUGUCCACAGAGGGCUUCCCUGGUGCUCACAGUGUUUUACCCGCCUCCCGCUGAAAAUAUAUUUGAAAGAAGUGUUCUACUAAAGUCAAUAGAAAUAGGUUUCUUGGCUUCAGUGUGUGUGUGUGUCUAUGGUGCUCACAAGUUACCCUAGUUUGCAAAUCUGCCCACAGCCUCACAAAGGUUGACAAACCAUGACUUGGCACCACAUUUCGGAGAAGAGCUUAUUCUCUGAACAAUGAGAGGUAGUCUGCAGACUUUUUCAGAGACAUGCCCUGAUCAUGUAUGGUACACAGAGGACUGAAGCUGGCUUGUUAAAAAUAUAACAUAAUGGUGUCACACACCCUUGCGGUAGAGCACACUGUGACUCAACCAUAGCGAGUCAGGGUUUCAGACACAAACAGUCCCCAAAUCUGUCUGAAGAUGCCAGAUAUUGAACCAACGAAAUUUUGCAUGCAAAGCCUCUGCUCUACCUCUCAUCCAGGGCCCUUCCCUGACCGGUCACUUCUGACUGACUCUGAUGUCAUCUUUUGUGACCUCAGCAAUUAACAUGCAGGGAAGGAAUCCAACCCAGCACUCAUUCUUAGACACAAUGUCUGCCAUAAUAAUGUAAUGUUGAAAACUUCCCAAAGGAGAAAAACAAGUCAAUUUCCCCCCCAGGGUAAGUUAUUAUAACAUUGACAUCUUGAGUGCUAUGUUUUCCCUCACAAACAACUGAAGACCGAAGUCUAUACAUUGCUAAUUUAAUUAUGUUCAAUUCCUGGAAGUCAUUGCUAUUGAUUACAGUGAUGUAUAAACAAUGCUUUGACAUUUGGCAGGGAACUCCUCUAGAUUAUGUUUUAGGGAAACAACCUCAAUGAUCUAACUGGAAAGUCUUACUAAGGUUGUGUUCUUCCAAAUAUUUAACUGUAAGAGCCAUUGAAUAUAGGAGCAAUCAUUUCCAAAUAAACAUGUACAGCUGUACCUUGGUUCUCAAAUGGCUUGGUUGCCGAACAAAUAAAACCAUACUUCUCUAACUUGAUAGAUACACUACAAAGAGCAGUUCUUAAGGAGUUUAAAGUUAAUAGAAUCCCACUCACCACCACCACCUACUAGUCUUCAGAAGCAGCUUAACAUGUCUGUCAUGUUGCUGUAAUUUUUCACAUUCCACAGAUGAUAAAGUGAGCAGAAAGAGAAUACUUUGUUUCUUGUGAUUCCAUGACUGAAUAUUUGAUUCACAAUUGCUGGGUUUAACACUCAAUCUGCUAGUUUGGGAAUCUGCAAUGAAAGGCUUCUGGGCCAAAUUGACACACAUACACGAUCCCUCAAUUGCAACCGAAGAGAAAUACAGUUGUACCUUGGAUCUCAAAUGGCUUAGUAGCUGAACAAAUCGGCUUCUGAACGCUGCAAACCCAGAAAUAAGUGUUCUGGUUUGCAAACAUUUUUUGGAAGCCGAACAUCCGGCACGGCUUCUGCUUGAGUGCAGGAAGCUCCUGUAGCCAAUCGGAAGCCACACCUUGGUUUUCAAAUGGUUCCGGGAGUUGAACAGACUCCCAGAAUGGAUUGAGUUUGGGAAAUAAGGUACCACUGUAUGAGAUUGGCAGUAGAGGUGAGCAGGCUGGUGGUGCUCACCUGACCUCCUACCAACCACAUCACUGCCACUUACUGUCAGGUAGAAGGGGGAGGAGUGAGGAGGUUGGCAUGGUGCAAAUGCACCAGCAGAAUCCAUCUGGUUCUUCUACUGGUAUGUUUGCACCAUAGUGACCUCACCACAGCUUUCGCCUCCUGGUUUACCUUCCAGUAAGCCGCUGCAACGUGGACAAUGGGAGGUCAGGUGAGUGCCACCAUCCUGGCCUACUGUGGAGGAUUGGACUGCACUUGGACUUCCUUAGUGCUAAGUAUUCAGGUAUUAUAAAAGCCCAUCAAACUUUGAAAGUUUUAUCUUUAUUUCUUUAGCUCUGACAACUGGAAAUAAAACUGUUAAUGAGAGCUUGGUCACUUUAUACACAGUCCAGUUGAUUAUAACUAUUUUAACCUGGUAACUGGAAGUCAGCAAACGUAGGAUUAAGUUUAAGCCAAUGGUAUUACGUGUUGAAGAAUGAAGAAUGUUGCUGUAACUCAGACAGAGUUGAAAAUGAAAGUUUUUGUGAGUGUAGAAUUAUCACUUGGUUUCCAGAAACUCAAAAGUAAUUCACAGUAUAUAAAGAAGAAAAAAACCUCAAUGGCAUUGUGAUAGUAAAAUGCUUCAGUUGCCAAUGGGAACUGUGAUGUCUUUUACCACAGCCAGAUCAACUGCUGACACUGGAUUUCUUUUUCCCACUUCCCUAUUUUCCCCCUAUCUUUUUCUCCAAAAGGCCUCCCAUACUGUCACCCCAAGAAGCUGUGAGUAAUGUUUCCUCUAUUGAACAACUUUCAUCAUUCAUUCCGCAAUGCUUCAGUUUGCUUUCAUGUUUUUUCCCGCAGCAAUGUAGUGUGUUGGCUAAUGCAUUUAUGCUGAAUAUAAUAAAUCAAAGAAGUGUGCCGCCUCUGCCUUCUGAAUCUACCCCUCUAACAGCAAGUUCUUGCAGAAAACUCUGCAAGGCCAAGGUAUUGGAACUUAGGACAAAGAACCCCUCAGUUUAAUAAGAAUCUUUAAAAUCCACUGAGGUUGGCUUGGAUUCUAACUAAAUAAAUGAAUAGUUGCCAGAGAUUAAUCUAGCACUGUGUAAGAGUAUUGUGUCAAUAAGGAAACUGUUGGGCAGGAAAAUGAUGCACAGCUGUUGUGUCCUGAACUAUAUACCACAACAUUCCACCUCUAUAGUAACAAGAAUUGUUACCUGUCCACUUUGUCUCCCUUCCCUACCCCUGGCAAGGUAUUACAAAGUGUUCACAUUAUAAAACAAGGUACAAAGCUAAAUCCUUUAGACUAUUACAAUUAAUAAAAAUUAUUAGUGGAAAGAUCAAUAUAAUUAUAACUCUUUAUUUCCAAAUUAGCAAUUGAUUUUGUUGAUUUCUUACAAACCACCAAGAUUAUCAUCAAGUCAAUGGCCUCCAGUCUGUAGUUCUUCUAUGUAUAUCAAUACUGGACCCAACAAUCGGAGCAUUCCCCAUCAUUUCCUUGCUUUCUUUUCCUGCCAACAUUGUCUAAUACAAUAGGGGGCCUGAUGAUCAGUCUCAGGAUAUUGGGACUACGCAAAAGGUCUUUCUGUGGUUAAAGGAUUCAGUCCCAGUCUGAGAUUCAAAGAAAAAAGUCUUCAGUACUGCCAGAUGAGUACCACUGAUCUAUGUCCGAAUUUCUUGGCCUCCUUCCAGAAUACAAGCAGUUCAGAGCUUUAGUUCCCCUAUUCAUGGAUUUAUUCUGCUAAGGCUGUCUCCCUAUUUUUUAUUGCCAAGAGGGAGUUGUGCUAUCAAUACACAUGUGACAUAUGAUGUUUCCUUGAUGCCAUGCUAUGACUCUAAGCACAGAGUUAACUAUUCUGUUUCCCAUAAGGUACACUGUUUUGCUAGGGGGCAUUUCAGAAUCUCUAUGCAUCCAGCGGGGGCUGUAUUGUGUGUUAGACUUGAUGAGACUUCACAGGAAGAAAUGAGCCCAGUCUCUAGAUAGAUAGAUGAUAGAUAGAUAGAUAGAUGAUAGAUGAUAGAUAGAUAUUCAAAGGUCUUCCCCUCCUGCCCUCCUCAUAGUGUUUUACACUUAAUGAUUUAUAUUAGCAACGGCAGGUUUUAUCUUGAUUGCAGGCUGAGCCAUUUGUCAAAAUGAAGAAAAUAUUUCAUUCAUUUACCAGCAUGGCAGUCUAGUAGCCUAUCAGUACCAAAGGCAUUUUGUCAACAUUCUUACUCAUAUUCUUACUGCAGAUCUGAAAGCCUUGAUUCAGAAGUCUCACUACUGCUAGUGGAAUUUAUUCUUUAAUAAAGAGAUGCAGAAUUGCAUUCACAGUUUUUUUUGUAGGUGAUGAGGCCCAUGAUCCUAAGAGCACUUACAAGGAAGCCAUUCAUAUUGAAUUCCUGCUCAGUAAGGAACAGUGCUAUUUAGAAGUAAGACCCACUGAGUUUAGCAUGAUUUACUUCAUGGUAUAAUAACACUGUUGCCUGUGUUAAAUGUGACACAUUUAGAAAGUCAAUGAAAGAUCCGAAAUCUUAUUCUAUCAGGUUUUGUCACUUAUAAAUUUGCUAUUAUUUCUGCUAUUUCACCACCCCCAAAACUACUAAGGUGAUUGUGUCAGCUGCUGGGAAGUUGCCUCUGUAUCAUUUCCAGAAUGAGUGUGUGGAGGAAAAUUGAUGCCAAAAAAGAUCAAAUAUACACAGCAAGAUAAUUGAUCUUACAUAUACACUAUAUCAAUGGAUUAGGCCUUGAACACAGCAAAUUUUUGACUCACUAGUGCUUCAGAGAAACCAUUUCAGUUUAUGCUAUCAUCAGAAUAGAUUAAUCAGUAAAUAACACAUUAUAAAUGUAAAAACACCCACCAACAUGUAUAUAUAAAGAAUUGCUUUACAGAUUCUAGAAUCUGGAAAUCAUUAAAUAAAACCAGCAUAGUAAAACAUUCAGACUUUGUUAAUUUAUCUUAGCGUAGGCCAACUAAAAAUGAUUGAAUAUCAGAACAGACCGUCAUACUGCCACCAUGCAAAAUGAAAUUAUAGAGAUGACUUCAGAAAAAAAUAAUGUCUACUUUAGAAAGAAUAUCACAUUUUGUAUAAGCUGGAGAUGGUAGACAAUAAAUGUCUAGUCAAGUUACUCAUCAAUAUGAAUAGCGUCAACAUGAAAAGAAGAGAAACAGAGAGAAAGUCUCAACAUUUAUUAUGAUGGUAAAUUGGAGAAUUGCUCCUACAUUGUCCCAGCAUUCUUCUGAUAUGUCCUAGGAUGCUCUAAUCUGUGUAGGACUUCCCCCAAACUUUGCAACCAUAACACUUACUACCUGAGCCACUUAUGUACAACAACCACAUUUCACAACUGCAUGAACAGGACAGAUAAAGCAGUUGGAUGCUUGUCCCAUGCUUGUCUGUGGACAAGGGACUCUGGGGAGAUUUCUGAUUCAUUUGAUUUUCAGAGUGCCAACUGGGAGAAAACUGAUAUUCUGACUAAUUUUCUAAUACCAUGGCACAGUUGUACACUGUUGAAGAAACAGUUGUUAUAUUCCUCCCAGACUAACUGUGCAUUUAGUCUCCCAGCCACUGUUUGAUCAAAUUUCUUAAUUACUGGAGUACCAUCUUUCUUCUGCACAUAUAUGCCUGCAUCAUAGAUGUAUGACAUUCUGGAAUCACAACACAGCCAUGAUUUUAUGACAUAAAUUUUGUGGGUUUUGAUGGCAUAUACUGCCUCACUGGACUUCUUCCUAUGUGAACAGCAGUAAUUGUCCAUAAGUUGUGACAUUUUCAUAUGGCACAAAGCUCUAUGCCACAGUUCCUGCACAGAAGGCAAGCUUGUAGCUCACAUUGAUAGCUCAGGGUUGAAGCUGGUAAUCAAAUCUGAGGACUGUAUUGAUUCUUUUGAAGGAGACCUGUGACACUAUGCACCGGAAGUGUGGAAGGCAACCCUCAACAACACAUUCUGCAAAGACCUUUCCAUAAACAGAGAAAGGUCAUCUAAAGGUCCUUGUUUGUCAGUUGCCAUUAAAUAUGGCCACCAGCUGAAGUCAGGGUGCAGUUUGCUUGAAAACAUUUGCAGAUGCAAUUGGGGUCUCAGGGACCACAACAGCCAGGAUACUAAAUUUUGUGCAUGGCUGAGGACUUCCUGGAGCAUGGAGUCUGACAUAAAGGGCAGCAUCCAACUAAAGAGUUCAGCUAAAGCAAGGAGUUUUAGCUGCACAAUAGACCCUCUCCAGCCUCUCAUCUCCUUGCAUGCCCCAUAAAUCUUCUCUGGAGGGUUGGAAGAAACCCUGGAACAGAUUUAUGGGGUUUGUGGAGAUAGAAGAGGGCAGGGAAGUUCAAUUCCACAGCUAAAACCCUUUGCGUUAGUGGAACUGUUUAGUAGGAUACCACCCAAACAUUUUAUGAUUCUCCUGCUGCUGUGAUCUAAAUCACUGAGCCUCUUGGGAUUGCUGAUCAGAAGGUUGGUGGUUCGAAUCUACGCAACGGGCUGAGCUCCCAUUGCUCUGUCCCAGCUUCUGCCAACCUAGCAGUUCGAAAGCAUGCCAGUGCAAGUAGAUAAAUAGGUACUGCUGCAGCGAGAAGGUAAAUGGCAUUUCCUUUUUUUUUUAAUGAUAUUUAUUAAAAUUUUCAAAGGAAACAAAAAUUACACAAAAACAAAGAGUAAAAGUACAAAAAAUAAAAAUACAAAAAAUAGAAAAUACAGAAAAAAGAAUAAAGAAAAAAACAAAAUAAGUUCAUUAUUUUCAGACCCUUAACUGUCAAUACCUUCUUUUUUAGACCUCCUCCUCCUCCCUUCUUUUGUAUUCUAGUUAUUAAUUAUCCCAGCAAAUCCUUUCCCCAUGUUUCAUAAAAUUCUAUCAUUACAUUACCCUCGACUAAUUUAAUCCUAUCUUUCUAUAAUAAAGUAAACCUUAAAAUUUAAAACUUAAGUCUUAACCUUACCAGCUUCUUGUGAUCAUAAUAUUCUUUCAUAAUUCUUUAUGCAUCUUUACUAAAGCCAGGUAAUUUCUUCCAACAUUUUUCUAUCAUUCAUCAACUUUGUAAAACAUUCUAAUAAUAAAAAAAAAGAGAGAUAUAAACAAGUCCAAUCUUUAUCCAACGUCCCUUUCUCCUGGUUCCGGGAUUUGUCAGUCCUUAUUAACCCGGUAACCUUAUGUCCGAGGCCCUCAAGUCACUUCUAUGGCCCUUCCGCAGCUCUUCUUCAUACUUAUAACUGUAAUUUCCCUUAUCUCCUCGUAAUAACUCCAACUUGACAAUGUCUCUUGCUCGUGGUAACUCCAGCUUAGUAAUGUUUUUAACCCUUCUCGUCAGAUCAGACCCUUUUCCAUAUUCAUUGCUGCAUUCCAUAUAGUAUUUAAAAGCAUGUUUCAAGGGCCCUCCAAAGUUGAGAGCCCCCACAGUCCCAAACAUAUCGCAGCCCAUUACCAUAUUUAAAAAGUCCAGACAUCCCAGCAUAGGGGGGUCAAUCCAGCCCCCCAUUUCCAAGCCACACCGAACUUUCCCUUUCCAGAUCUGGCUUUUUCCAAGUUCAUUUGUCCAUUCCGAAGGAUCAUACUUCUGUUGGGUCUGUUCUGUCAAAACACACUCCUGGUUUAAAUCCUGAGUAGGCUCCACAUAUUUUCCCACAGUCUGAUCAAGACAUUCCACUGCCUGUUUAAGAUUUCUAGUCGAAAUGGCCAUCCGGUUCACCUUAUCAUGUAAUUCUUCCAGUAGAGCAUUUGUUUUGUAAAGAACGCGCACCAAGGUUUCUGAAAACAUUGUUCUGCACAAUCAAACACUUUCCCACAAUUAUUUUGUAACAGAUGUCAAUUCCCUGGAGUUAGUUACAGUUUCAAAAGCUCCCCCUAGGGGGAAGACUUAUAUUUAUUUUUGCUACAAAGUUUCCCUUUUUUCCCCAAAAUACAUAGGAUACUUUGUCCAUAUAUAUUCCUUUAGAGUGCGAAAGGGAACAGUAGAAUCACAAAAUUUCUCUUCUUUUAGCUGUCUGUCAAAGAACAAUUAUCUUGGUAAACUCACGUCAGUCCUGACACCCCCGCUCCAGGAUCAGGACGGAGGAAAAUAACUUCCUUUUGCAGUUACUUCAAAUAGUCCAGAAAAAAAAAUAUUCCCAAUUUAAAAUGUUGAAAUCAUUCUUUUAAAAACGAUUUUCUGAGCUCUAGUGCGAAUUGCCUUUGCUUUGUUCUGUUUACAAAAGAACGGAAGGGUGACUUCCUGUUUAGCCCUUCCCGCUCUGUACCAAAUUCAAUAGAUUUUUUUUUAUAUAGUCCAAUUCUGUCCUUUUCACAAAUCUUUAUUUAAUAUCCCAUUUGUUCAAAUUCUAAGUACUCACGGGUGUUUGUUUUAAAGUCCAAAUUGUCCCAGAAAAGAAGGCAGCGCUCUCUGGCAGCAGCUAUGCAGCUUUGCUCCACAGAAAUAGCGAUUGACUCACAGCACCACGCCGCUUCCCCCUCCUCACUUCGGAGCCCGUUAGUGGGUUCCUUAGCGGAUUGGGGGGGCGCUAAAGGUGCCCGCCGAGUCCCACGGUCACAGGCUUCAUCCGCCUGUGAUUUUGAAGGGGCCCCCGCUUCGCCGUAGCGGAGUAGACCCAGUUUACCGCGGAGCCAGUCCCUCCAGUUCAGAGGGAGUCCGCCAUUGCCGGUGGCGCCACCCCAGAAGUCUCAGUAAAUGGCAUUUCCAUGCACUCUGGCACUCAUUAUGGCGUUCCAUUGCACCAGUAGUGGUUUAGUCAUGCUGGCCACGACCUAGAAAGCUGUCUGUGGACAAAUGCCAACUCCAUUGGCCUGAAAAGCGAGAUAAGCGCUGCACCCCAUAGUUGCCUUUGACUGGACUUAACCGCCCAGGGGUCCUCUACCUUUUUUACCUUACUGCCUAAAUGUGUUUGUCCCCACUUGCUGAUAGAGGACUAAAACAAGAUUUUUUGGGUCCCUUUUCAAAACAGGUAUUUUGCCUUGUGUUAGAUCAGGAAUGAGAUUCAGCAAGAAAUUAACGGACUCACACAGCAAGUGUCUUUUCUAUUUUUUUUAAAGCCUUUAAUGUGAUGCAGAUUAAUAAUAAUGCUGGAUGAAUACAUUUGCAUCUGUGUCUAUUUGCAGGCCUCCUUGAAAUAUCCUGAAGCAAGCACACAGUUGGAAUGGCACAAAGUGGAACAAAGGUGACAUUGGCAUUUAAAGAGGAUUCAUUGCUCUGAAAGUUUACAAGAGCCAGGGGGGCAACUUGCAUGGGGAACACCUGUGCUUCCUUCUAGUUACAACUGGAUUGUACGCAAAUAGCUCUUAUUUCUUACAGCAGCGUAUCCAGCAGGUACCUUGGGUUGGUGGGUUAAGGAAUUGUUUGUUUUUAAUCAUCAAGGGAAGAGACCCAACUCAGUGGCUGAUUCCACUAGGGAGGAAGUAGGCAUUCAGUUAGGGCUUCUUAACUAUGCAUAGCAUCCCUGCUUGUAUUACAGUGAGCAAAAUCAAGGCAGGCCCAACCCACCUCUAGCAAGUCCCCUGCCUCAAUUUUGCUCAUACCCAAUCCUGCCUUCCUCUGCCUUCUACCCUAACUCAAGUUACUGUGGGAAAGGCAGUGUGUAGUAAACAGAGGAGGAUGCUAGAGAUGAUGGCAGGAAUGGUACUUUGAGUAUCUUGUCUCACUGGGGGUGGGUGGAUCUGAAUAUAUACUUCACCAUCCUGGUGGGAAAAGAUGAUCUGAGCAUUAUUUUCAGGCAAGAAGAGGCCUUUUGAUGAGAGGAAAUAAUACUCCCAGAACCUUCUUUUCCUCCUCUUCUUCAAGCUGGCACUUUCAUCUGCUCCCCAUUUUUCAUUUGGUGGAGAAGGUUUUUGUACUUCCAUUAGUAUAGAAAUGAUACAUUCUGGUGUGUGUGUGGGGGGGAGAACCCUCCCAUGAAGAACUGCGGUCACAGAGUUCAAGGCACAGCAUCUUGUAUCUCUAGUAAACCUCAGCUGCAAAUGCUUUCAUAGAUUCCCCAGAUUCUCUAGUCUAGAUUCCAUUCCUAGCUUUCAUCGAACACUACAAUUUAGUCAUUCUGAACUCCUAUUAAGCGAUAUGAUGCACAGUUCUUUUGAUAAAGACAUGUCUGGAAAUAAGCACUCGGUGUACCACAUUACUAAAUAUUUCAGUUUUGCUAUAAUGGUAGACUUGUAUAGAGAAAAUUGUCCAGUGAUACUUCUGGAGAAGUAUGGUCUGCCUGUACUCUGGAGAAAAUGUAUUCCAUUUUCACUGCUUUCCCUCCAGACAUUUAUCUCUGGAUGCCAGGCUAAGAGACAACAAUAUCAGUGUGUAA